AUGAGAGGAUGGGGGGCUACGAUCACUGAAUGGAUCGUGAAAUUGGAAGUCAUCGUGCCCGACGGUCGCGUCCUUCUUGUCAGCAGAGACGAGCACUCCGACAUUUUCUGGGCAGCGCGGGGUGCAGGCCAGGCGUUCUUCGGCGUCGUGACAAAGAUUUGGAGUCGAACUAUCCCCAAGCGACAGCUGUUUUCCAGAUCUUUUACUUUCAACGUGGGAGAUGACUUCGAAGAACUCCUCAUGUUCGCCUUCGACCGGAACAAGGCGACCCCAAAAAUGUUCACCGAGACCGCCGUUUGCAUCAUGCAUCCGGAACUGCUUAAUCCCUCGGCCGAGGAGAUACUCUCCACAUCAUCACCAUUAUUGCUGUCGAUCAAUGUUCUGGCCUACUCCGAUUCCCUGGACGAUGCUGAAGGUUUGCUGAGCGCUUGGAAUUUAGUGCCAGCUGACCUUCAGAAAGCUAUUAUCGAAGUCAACCCUACCAAUCAUACGGCCUGGGACGACUUUUUUCACCUACAGCGUCAGAUCAACCCCGAUAAUCACGAACAGAAAUGGGGUAUACAUAGUAUUCUCAAUGAUCCAUCGGUAUCUGUUUCAGAGCUGGCCAGGGCCAUCAAACCUGCAAUGUGCGACCUACCCACCAAGUCCUCGUUUGGUUGCAUUUAUAUGUGCGACACUUUGACUCCGGACGAGAACGACGCCGUCUUCAGUCUGCCGCAGCAGUACUACAUCUCAACCUUCAGUGGCUGGAAGGAUUCGGCACUGGUGCCGAAAGUCCGCGACACGAUGAAGAGAACGUAUGAGAAAGCCUCCACAGUUGCUUGCGGCAUGUAUAUAGCCGACUUCGAUCAAUCAUCUGGGUCGCUUCAUUCCCCAAAGAUCAGAGUUUGGACCGACUCGGCCCGUGAACGAUUCACGAAAAUUCGACAGCGGUGGGAUCCUGAUGGGUUGUUUCAAGGGUACAGAGCAUUCGAACCUGAGGAUCAUGCCAUCAAAUGA